AUGCGUAUAUUUCGGCUUAUUUAUGUGGUCGUUAUAGUUCUUGCAUUGUUAUUGGCCUUGAUACCUCAGCAAGAACCUUUUCCGAGGAAUUUGCCCGAAAGAUAUUUGUUUAGUGCGCUGAAAGCCAAGUAUGGGGAUUCUAGAAAUCUUGACCACUCUGAGACAAGAAAGCUAUACAAUUCUUUGUUAACUGAAAUUGGAGAGUUCAUAGAACAAAAUAAAAAUAGACUGGACGCAAAACAGCAAGCAGUUUCCUGUAAUGCACUGCGCUGGACGGCCCGUUUAUAUUCCCGAACGAGAGAUGGAACGUACCCUCUUCCCAUUUUGACCGACUGGGUUCUUCAAUUAAGAGAUGGUUAUGUUCAUGGUCUUCGAUAUUUUCCAAAUGUCCUUUUCCGGGAUUUGGGAGACGUAGUAACUGGCAAUUUUAGCUUUUGGCGUUCUAUUCUUGUUAUUAGGCAGUUUAGUCGAUGUGUUUUUCCCUCAGUUAAUUCCACGGGGUGCCCGUCGUAUCAGUUUCUUCGUCAGAUUAGAGGGAAAAGUGACGAAGAUGUACUGGCAUCAUGCACAAAAAGCAACACAAUAUAUGAUUUUCUUUAG